CUCAAACCAACCACAUCACCACCACCACCGACACAACCCAACACAGCACAGCACAAUCAUGGCCCUAGUCGCCUACUCUGACUCCGAAGCCUCCGAUUCGGAACCCGAAACCACCACCACCACCACCACCGCUACCGUCUCCAAGCCCCAACCUCAAUCUCAACCCCCCAAACCCACCACCACCACCUCUUCCUCCUCCUCCUUCCCAACGCUAGUCGACCGCUCCAACCCCCGCAAAAUCCGCAUCGCCCUCGACCUAAAACCCGAAUCCAGCUCUACUUCCACCCCCGGAAAUGACGACACCGCUCCGCGCAAAAAGCCCAAGCUAGGCGGCGGCGCAUUCUCGGGCUUCAAUGCACUUUUACCGGCGCCGAAGAAGCAAACCACUAGCGGCAGCGGCAAUGGGGCGGGGGAGAAAAAAGCUCCUCCCAGGAAGAUCUUUAGUUUGAAGACGGGGGCGACGCCGGGGUUUGAUCGGGAGGCGGAUGCGGAGAUGAGGAGUGAGCAGGCGUUUGGGAUGUUAGGGAAAGAUGGGGAUGCUGAGGAUGGAGAUGGGGAUGAGACGAUACCGAAGGCGGGGAGUUUGAGGGGGGAGGAAUUUGAAGAGGAGUCUAAGGGGGAGGGAUCUGAAUUGAAGAUGAAGCCGGAGGGGGAAGUGAAGUUGAAAGGAAACCCGAUGAUGUUCAAGCCGUUGUCGGUGGGACGGGCGUCGCAGCAGAAGAAGAGGAAGGUGGCUGCUUUGCUUGCUUCAUCUUCAUCUUCAUCUGCUUCAUCAUCGGUGGAGAAUAAGAGCAAGAAGGAGGAACAGUCACAGACCGCACCUGUGCAAGCAGCAGCGCCAACACCAGCACCAGCACCGAAACCAAAAAUCAGCCUCUUCUCUCUCUCCAGCACCGACGACACUCCCUCCACCACCACCACUCAAUCGCAAAGCACAAGCAGCACCUACGAACCCCUCGUCUACACCCCCACCACCUCAGCCCUCCCCGCCGGCCCAUCCCCCGAUCCCUCCCUCACCCCCGAUACCUCAUCAACCACCACCACCACCACCAACACAACCCAAACCCUCACGACCAUCGCCAACGACCUCAACCUCUCCAAAGCGCAACGCCGACAACUCUUCGGCCGCCACGCCGACACCUCCGCGACAUCUCGCGUCCUACAUUUCAACACGGACCGAGAAUACGCCGCGAACCAGGAAAUGCUCCACUCGACGGAUCUGGCCGCGCAGCAACAUAACCCUGUUCGGUCGAUUGCGCCGGGGAAGCAUUCGUUGCAGCAGUUGGUUAAUGCGGCGAGUUCGCAGCGGGAGGCGCUUGAGGAGAGUUUUGCGGCGGGGAGGAGGAAUAAGAAGGAGGCGGGGUCGAAGUAUGGAUGGUAAUCCUUUUUUCUUUUCUUUUUUCUUUUAUGUGUGUGUGUGUGGUUGUGAGUUGAGGGUGCAUGGAUGGAGUUUUGUUGAUUUGGUUUGUUUUAUUGUUUUUCUUAGAAAAGCUCUUGGGAUUGUAUAGGUAUUUUUGUUACUUGGAUUGCGGCCUGCUUCGUACAUGGGGUGAUGUAUGCUCUUGAUCACGAUCUGCUAGUUUUGCUAUACUAAAAGCACUAGUAUUAGAUCGAGUAAAACGGUGAAAUUCUUGUCUAAUGCAAAUC